CCUACCGUGUCUGUCUUCUCAUAGUCUUCUCAGCCUCUAACAAGAAAACAUGGGUAGACAAAAGGUGUAUUUGGACAAACUGGCCCGGUUCUUCCAGAUCCGUAACCUGCUGCUUCGCCAGGCCCUGGCAGAGUGUCUUGGCACCCUCAUCCUUGUGAUGUUUGGCUGUGGUGCUGUGGCGCAGCUGGUGUUGAGCGGUGGUUCCCAUGGCAUGUUCUUAACAGUCAACUUUGCCUUCGGCUUCGCUGCAAUGUUAGGCAUCCUGGUCUGCGGCCAGGUAUCAGGUGGACAUCUGAACCCGGCAGUGACCUUUGCCCUGUGCCUGCUCGGAAGAGAGCGCUGGAGAAAGUUCCCCAUGUACUUCCUCUUUCAGACAAUCGGUGCCUUUUUUGGCGCUGCUAUCAUUUUCGCCAUGUACUACGAUGCCAUGUGGGACCAUCCUGGAUGUUUCAAUGUGACUGGGCCUAAUGCCACAGCUGGCAUUUUUGCUACCUACCCUGGAAAACAUCUCACCCUCGUCAAUGGCUUCUUUGAUCAGAUAAUCGGAACAGCAGCGCUGAUUGUUUGUAUUCUGGCUAUUGUGGAUCCAUACAACAACCCCAUCCCUAAAGGGCUGGAGGCCUUCACUGUGGGGUUUGUGGUUCUGGUCAUUGGAUUGUCUAUGGGCUUUAACUCCGGCUAUGCUGUGAAUCCUGCCAGAGAUCUCGGACCACGUAUUUUCACCGCUAUGGCUGGGUGGGGCAGCGAAGUCUUCACGGCUAGAAACGGCUGGUUCCUUGUGCCCGUCUUUGCCCCUUUCCUUGGCACCAUCAUCGGUGUGAUAAUCUACCAGCUGAUGGUUGGCUUUCAUAUGGAGGGAGAAGAACGUGACGUAAGAGAUGCAGAGGAGGAGAACGUCCGACUCACCAAUAUCAACACCAAUGACAAACCCAAAGACACUAGCAAAGAAGUUAUCUGAGGGUGUUGGAGAGCUACACACACCGACAUAUGCACAUUCUGUAAAUACCGAGACACACCAGCAUUUUUCCUUCCAGCCACAACUGGGUUUUACAAACCAUCUUUACAGCUGUUGGGAUAUCUUCCAAGUUAGCUGUGUGUUUGUGGGAACAGGCCACUCUAUUUUCAUUAUCAUUUUAUUGUAUUAUAUUGGAGACAACGAUUGUGUGUGAGUGUGGAGGGGAGAAACACAACUUCAGAAACACAGAAUUACAUUAAUUCAUGUAGGAGAUGAACAUUUGGAUCUUAGAUUCUAUAGCACUCCAGUUUAAACAGUAUUGUAUGAUUUAUACCAAUGUAGUUUUAUAAAACUUGUAUUUAAGACGUAUGUCUUUCCCAAUUAUUUUUGUAUGCAUUUUGUCAGUCCAGAACUUUUCACUGUUGACAUUUGAAUUCAGGGAAGUUAUCAAACUUCAACCUAAAAGUUUAAAUAUUGAAGAAUAUUAUACAUUUUUAAAUAGGCUAGUGAAAUGACACUAUCCAUGUAGUCUACGCUAAUGUCGACUGUUUUUAUAGCUGAAACAUGGCGGUGAAGCUAAAUCCUUCCCACAACAUUCUUCAUUUUACCACGGCUUUCUAAAAGCAACCACAUUAAAGCAGCUAUCUUUUUACAUACACUCUCUUUGCCCUGUUUAAGUUCGAAUCAGCAAUUGUUAAACAAACUGAUCAUUAUGGAGAUAUGCGAUCAGCGAGCAAACUAACGCUUUGUAUGAAUUAAAUGUUAUCAAAAGAAUCAUUGUAGCCUUCUAAUUUCAAGCUUGACAAAUAUCAGAUAUCUGAUGACAGUGAUAUUCUAUGUACAGCACAAUAUUAUCUAUCUGUCUUCAAGUAGUUUAUGUCAAUUCAUUUGUUUGUACCUUGCAUAUGACUCAACGGUUGGGUGGUAAACUGGAGUGUGAGCACAUUGAUAGUUUGUAAGUAGGUUG